AUGGAUCCUAUUUUUUCUCCCACCAAAUCUCCUCCGUACGCUCCGUCAUCCUCGUUUCCCUUUUAUUUUCUCGUGACACGCUCUUCUCCGAUCUCGCUCGCACUUUACACCGUGCAAUUCGAUGGACUACCAGAGCGCCGCCGCCGGCCACGACGCCGCCGCCGCGGCUUCGCCGGCGGGCCCGUCCUCCAAAGCCCGCGCCGCCAUCCUCGCCCUGUCCUCCAUCGUCACCGCCAUCCCCCAUCCCUGGCCUCCUCCGAGAACCCCGCCCUCGCCCUCCUCCACGACCCCGACGUCGCGUCCCAGGUCUCCUCCCUCCUCCGCCGCCCCGGCUCCGGCUCCGGCGACGACAACCUCUGCCGCUGGCUCUACGACACCUUCCACUCCGGCGACCCCGACCUCCAGCUCGUCGUCCUCCGCCACGUCCCCACCGUCGCCGGCGUCUACCUCUCGCGCGCCUCCCAGCGCAAGCCCGACGCCGGCUUCGAGUGCGUGCUCCUCGCCCUCUACGCGCACGCGACCACCGCCCGCGGCGGCCAGUCCGUGACCGUCACGGUCCCGGACGUCUCCCACCCGAGCGUGUACCACGAGACGCGCGACAGCUCCGCCAACAGCAUCGCGACGGACCUGAACCUCGCCGUCGUGUCCCCGAGCCUCGAGCCGCACGGCACCGUCCGGUCGUCCCGGCGGUCGCGGAUCGUCGGCGUCGCGCUGGAGCUCUACCACAGCCGGAUCGCGCAGAUGCCGGUCGGCUCGAAGAUCGAUUUCUGCGAGUUCUGCGUCGCCUGGUCGGGCCUGACCGGAGAUCCGUACAAGGACGACGCCGGAGAUAUCGGCGGCGGCGGUGACGCGGACCGGUCGCCGAUCUCAGGUCAGGGGACCGGAUCGGGGAGGAUCCCGAUGCCGUGGGAGCUCCUGCAACCGGCGCUGAGGAUACUGGGGCACUGCAUGCUGCGGCCGGCGCCGGGGGAGGAGAAGGAGAAGGAGAAGGAGCGGCUCGAGGCGGCGGCGGUGGCGGCUUGCCGGAGCCUGUACGCGCGGUCGCUGCACGAGAUCGAUCCGAAGGCGGUUCUGGCGACGGGGAGUCUCCUGAGGUUGAGGAAGAUCGGGCUGGAUUCGGGGCCGGAGGCCGAUCACACCGAAUUACCCUCGCAAAACGUCAUCGUUCUUUCCUCUUCCUCCGGUAGCUUGAGUUCGUUGGGAAAAUGAGAAGAAAUAGAAAUUAAAAAAAAAAUUAAUUUUUGAUCCCAGAAAUACAAAAGGAAUUUUUUUUUUUUUGAAUCCAACUUUUUAUUUGAUUCUUGAACAUUACUCUCCUUUCUAAUUCAUUUGCAUGAAUCGAGCAUUGACCAUUAAAUUUGGAAUUCAAAAGGGCCACACCCCUCGAUCAAUUUUGUUAAUUUUGAUAGGUAAUUUAGGGGGGUCAAAGGUGAUUUUUGGUGCGAAUGAGCUCAAUCAUCCAUCUCCUCGUGAUGAAAUUAGUUUCCAUGCAUGCGCUGCGCGCGGGCAAUACAACGAGUGCUGUCGUAUAUAGAAGAAUUAAUUA